UGUUGGGACCGACAAUACGUCAAUACAUCUCCUCGAUAAGAACUCGCUUUGGGAUGCCUCGAUAAGGUAUGUAUAUUAGAGGCUGACUCGGAAGUGCAGGUUCAAUCACAUCGUCCGGAAGGAGCGGGUGCUUCAGCGAGCGCAGGAGAUGUUGCCUGCCGUGCGAAGGAGCAGCAGACCAUCCCGUCGUCAGACGGCACCUUGGAGGGUACGCAGAUGAUUCGGCUGGGCUGUGUUCUCUGAGUUGUGGGAGGAUUCACAAGUAAAGACAGAGUGCAUAGAACAGGCAAGUUAGAGACUGGAGCUUAGUGAAAAUAACGCAACGACCCAACGGGGACUCCUCCUGGAUGGAUCUGACACUCACCGUUAGGCUCAAUGGUCGACGAGAAUCUCGCGCGGUGAAUGGGCUCUGUCGAAGGACCCACGCACACCAACAUCGAUGCUCGUCAUUGGCCUGACGGGCGGUAUAGCUACUGGAAAGUCAACAGUUUCUGCUCUUCUGAGAACUUCCAGUAUCCCCAUCAUUGAUGCCGACAUCCUCGCUCGUGAGGUCGUUGCUCCCGGCACUCGUGCACUCUCCAAGAUAGCGGCAUAUUUUGGGCCUAAUAUCAUCCUUCCUGACGGCUCACUCGACCGCAAGAAACUUGGUUCCAUUGUCUUCAAUGACGAGACUAAACGAAGAAAGUUGAACUCCAUCGUGCACCCUGCUGUAACAUGGGCGAUCAUGUGGAAUAUACUUGGGUGCUGGAUGCGGGGAGAACGUAUGUGUGUCGUUGACGUACCGCUUCUCAUCGAGGGCGGACUCUGGAAAUGGAUGGGCUGCAUCAUCGUGGUGUAUUGUUCCCCAGAGACCCAACUCCAACGCCUCAUGGCCCGUGACAAAUCCACUUAUCCCGAAGCCUCAGCUCGACUCACCUCUCAACAGCCAAUAUCCUCCAAAAUUGCGUUUGCAGACAUCGUCAUCGAUAGCUCUGGAUCAUGUGCUGAACUGGAAGAGCAAGUUCGACUGUGCCUGAAGCGGUUGGAACGUACGGUUGGUCGAACGUGGGUUGUGAGCUGGCUCUUGCCUCCUUUCGGCUUGCUGUCUGCUGCAUGGACACUUCUUGUGCGUGUGGCAUUGUGCAUGAAGCUGACGAAGAGGAUAAGGUGAUAAGACCGAGGAAUAGCAGUUGAGAUCUCGUAUUUCUUGCUUCGAGAUUUUCCAAGUUUCAUAUUCUCUUCGAGGUACACGACAAACUUGUCCGCAACGCUCUGCUCACUCCAAUCCACCGCACCCUUCUCUGUUGUACCCAGUGUAAUCGCCUUCUUAUGCAACGUCACAAACUGUCUUUUCAACCU